UGAUGAGAGAGGCACGAAGAAGCCUCAAUGUCAAUGAAGAGUACCUUGGCGCAUUAAGAACAAAAUCCUAUGGUGAUUUUUUCAUAAAAGCUAAUGAGCUACUUGAAAAUAAUAUUCAUAAUCAGCCAUCAUCUCUCAAUUCUCAAUAUACAUUAUUUUCAGAUAUACUUCUUGAGCCAGGCCAAGAAACCAUAACAUCAAUUCUUGAAUCAACUAAUAUUUUUCCAAGAAAAUAUAAUCUCAAAUCCCUUCUUUCCACUUACUUCAAUGUUAGUGCAAAAGCCUCAAAAUUCUGUAGCCACCUUCUCAAAUCCAUCAACCAAGUCCAAUCUGACUACAAUUUUGUUGAACAAGUCCUUGAAUCGGUCGAUAACAAUUGUUCUUCUCAACAAUUUGGUUACCUUGUAUUAGAACUAAGAGCAUAUAUUAUCCACAACAACCCGUUUUCCGACCUCAAGAAACAAGAUUUCACACGAAUCAACGAUGAAUAUUCGUCGAUUUUGCAACAUUUGAGUUCAAAGAGGAAAAAAGUUGCUAGGAAAAUAAAAUUGAUCAAAAGUGUAAAUAAGGCUUCAGGGGUAUGUGUAACAGCAGCAUGUGGACUAGUUGCUGUUGCAGCCGUGGUACUAGCAGCACAUACACUAGCUGCACUAGUUAUGGGGCCAGCAAUAUUGACCAUUAUACCCUUAAAGCCAUCGAAGAUGAAUAAAUUUACUAGUCGUCUUCGAUUCUUGAAAUGUGGAUUUCUCAGCAAAAUUGGAGCACAACUUGAUGUAGCAGCAAAGGGUACGUAUAUUUUGAACAGGGAUUUCGAUACAAUGAGUAGACUUGUGAAUCGAUUGCAUGAUGAGAUCGAACAUAACAAGGCGAUGAUACAAUUGUGUUUGGAUAGAAGGGAAGAUAGCAUUUCAUUGCAAGUGUUGAAGGAGUUGAAGAAGAGUAAUGUUGGAUUUAGGAAACAAGUGGAGGAGCUUGAAGAACAUGUUUAUUUGUGUCUUUUAACAAUUAAUCGAGCAAGAGCUUUGGUGAUUAAGGAAAUUGGAAAAUCUUGUGGGUGAAAAAUCUAUAGUGAUACCCAAGAUUAGACUUGUAUAUAUAUAAUAGUAUAAAUAUAUUUCUUUGAUUUGUAAUUGUAAGUCUCCAUGUACUUAAUUUGUUGAAUUAAAAUUGAGAUCAC